AUGAAUCAUCGACAUAAUACAUCUAUAAAACUUGAUGAUGAUGAACGAAGUGAAGGUGAAUUAGAUUCAUCAUUAAGUGAUAAUGAUGAUGAUAAUAAUGAAAUUUUUCAAUCUCAACAAACUAGUCAAUCAUGGACAAAAAUAUUAACUGAUCAAAAUCUUUCAUCAAUUAUGUCAAAUGCUUUAGUUGAUAAUACAGAAAUAAUUCAUAUUGAUGAUCCAAUAGCACAACAAAGUACUAAUCCAUUAACAUAUGUAUUUCCACCUGGAACUAAUAUAAAUGAAUAUUUUCAACGUAAAAAAAAACAAGAUUUAAAAUUAAAACAUAAACCAAAUCGACAUGAUUUAAAAAAUCUUUCACAUUUAUUAAAUAAUGAAAAAAAUGAAGAUCUUUUACGUGCUAUACUUGAUAUAAUUGGUUGUCAACGUACAUUUCAAUAUGCACAUGAAGCAAUUCGAUUAUAUAAUGCACAUGAUUCAUCAAUAAUAAUUAAAUCUGAUAAUGGACAAAUACGAACAUUAGGUGGUAUUUAUUUUAAAAUGUUAAUUAAAGAUAAUGAUAAUAAUUUAAUAAAUGAAUAUGAACGUAAUCAAAUUAAAAAACGUAAUCAAGAAAUACAAAAAAUUAAAAAGAAGAAAAAAACAAAAAAAAUUAACAAUAAAAAUUCUAUGAAAGAUAAUUAA